GUUGUGACUGUCAGCCUUCAGCGGCUCUAACAGUAAUAACGACUCAUUGAAGUCUUUUAUCCGUGUUAAAAGACUGACUACUGUGUUCAAUUAUAGGCUACACACACACACCUAGCGUAAUGGCUACCUGCGACAUGUGUGUGUGGCAGCCAAUCUUGGUACUUGCUGUGCUUUAGUCGUGACUUUGAUUCCCCUUAAUGCUAAAGAUGUCAUCUAAUAAACGAAAGCAAACACACACACACACACACACUCUUUCUCUCUCUCCCAACUCCUCCCUCACCAUUUUGCCCUCCCUCUGGUAUGUUUUUCAAAUCUGUUGUUCUCCUGUGUGUUCAGUCGCAGCCGAGCAAAUGUAGUUGCAGCCAAACCCCGCUUCUUUCUUUCUCUCCACGGCGGUAACACGUUUUUUUUUUUUUUACUUGCUGCGAUUGUAUUAUUUCUAGCUAGCUAUAACGCGCUCCCCCCUUAUUCUUCUUUCACUUCCAGGCAAAGCACGCGUCUUUGUGGGAAAAUAACCAUCAAAAUAAACAUAUCCGAGGUUAAUUUAGGGGAAGACAUUUGAGUCUGAAUCCAGUUGGACUAUAAACAGUCUGCAGCAAGACAACAAGCAAGGACAUGCAGAAGAGAGGUCAGUAAGGAGGAUGACAACAGAAGAAUAGAUAACGGCAAAGGAGGGAUGAGAAAGAGACUGAAAUAAGAGGAGGAAGUGGAACUCCAAAGUGCCUACUGGGAGGGGACGUCUGCUGCUGUUUAGCUGCUGUCUGACUCUGCUGGAUGAGAGCAGGACAGGACUCAAUGUGUGUUUGGCCUUGAAUGGAGGCUAUAUUUUAUCCUGACAGCCACAGAGUCAUCCAUCCCACGUUGCUGAGCUGCAGUCCCCACAUACCCUGAGCUGAGCCGCCACUUUGUCUCAUCAGUGCAAGGACACCAUCCCUAUUAGGUUCUCUUUUUGUUGUUCUACUGAAAUCUUCUUUUUCAGGCUCUUCAAACAUAACGAGCACUACAGUGACUGCCCCAGCCUUGGCCAUGUUGACGUGAAUGUAACAGAGACUUGUGGUGGGCGUCAGUUGAUCCAGGUGAAGUCACAAAUGCUCUGUGAUAUGUAUCCAAGCAUGUCAGAGUGAUGUCCUCAGAGUAGUUUGGGUUUUUUUUGUGUGUUUUUUUCUUCGAGACAGAGCUGGCCUCUGCUCACAGUCAACCCCCUCUAUCUCACCCCAGUGAAACUUCAGCUGCCACUUUUCCCAUGAAGAACUAAUAAACAACCCCCUUAAAAUACACCAACCUAAAGGCCGCUGCCUAUUUGCGCUGAGGACAGACAGAAAAUAUUUUUGCUUCUGUUUCCUCUGUGUUUUGCUGGGGACUUUUUUUGUCUUGCCUCACUAUUAGUCACCCUUGCUCUCAUCAGACAGUUUUCCAUCCAUCUGCCCGCACUGCUGCUCAGUGCUUGUGAGCAACUCCGAUGGCUGUCAGCAUGUCCAUGGGACGGGACACCAAAUGGCUGACCCUGGAAGUGUGUCGUGAGUUUCAGCGAGGCACCUGCUCGCGGUCUGAUGCCGAGUGCAAGUUUGCCCACCCCUCCCGGAGCUGCCAUGUGGAGAAUGGCCGAGUCAUCGCCUGCUUUGACUCACUCAAGGGACGCUGCACACGUGAGAACUGUAAAUACCUGCAUCCACCUCCGCACCUGAAAACCCAGCUGGAGAUUAAUGGGAGGAACAACCUGAUCCAGCAGAAGGCCACGGCAGCCAUGUUGGCUCAACAGAUGCAGUUCAUGCUGCCUGGAGCACAGUUGCAGCCCAUAACAACAUUCCCAGUGACACCCUCCCUGGCAACGAGUCCCAGUAUGGCGUUCAGUCCAUAUCUGAGCCACAUGAGCCCAGGCAUGGGCCUGAUGCCCGAGCUACUGCCCAGCACUCCCCUGCUGGUCCCUGGGAGUCCCACCGGCCUGGCAGCCAUGGGCAACGGCACCUCCGCACAAAAACAUGUGCGCACAGACAAGUUGGAGGUUUGUCGAGAAUUCCAGCGCGGUAACUGCACACGGGGUGAGAGCGACUGCCGCUACGCUCACCCCCUGGAGGCUGGCAUGGUGGACUGCAGCGAGAACUCGGUCAUUGUCUGCAUGGACUACAUUAAAGGCCGCUGCAGCCGAGACAAGUGCAAGUACUUCCAUCCGCCGGCUCACCUGCAGGCCAGGAUCAAGGCUGCACAGCACCAAGCCAGUCAAAACACAGCGUCCGCAGCCUUGGGUCUGCCUCCAGGCGCCAUGCAGCCGCUACAGAAGAGGCAGAUCUUAGAGAAGAGCAAUGGAGCUGCUGCCACUGUCUUCAACCCCAGCAUGUUCCACUACCAGCAAGCCCUGGCUAACAUGCAGCUCCAUCAACCAGCCUUCAUCCCCACUGUUCCCAUGAUGCACGGUGCCGCCACCUCCACUGUUUCGUCGGCUUCGACCCCAGUCACCAAUGUUCCUUUCGCUGAAUCUGCCGCCUCGAAUCAGUAGACCCCUCGGAGCUUCUGACUCCCGAGCCAGUGGAGCUCCAGUGCGUUCCCAUGGAAACCCAUUUCUGUCCCGUCCCCAAACUGCUGGUGGCGGCUCCAAUGGCGCUAAACUCAGUAAGCCUUUCCCGAAAUCCCAGUUAAAGCCCCUGAAACCUGCCGCACUACCAAGGGCGGUCACCUUUCUGAAUGCAGCAAACAUGUGCCUCGCCUACAGUGCACACUGACUGAGAUAUUAUGAAAGUAAGAAAGCUGCGAUGGUUCACGCAAUACAAGCCUGGACGUAUUACUGUUGCUUUAAAGCAGCCAUCCUGAUGCAUACUGACUUGAUCAGGCUGAGCAAGAGAGCUCCCUCGUUCUAACAGCCAUACAUGCCCACACCUUAAAAGUGCAGCAGUCAUAUGCACGCAAACAUACACACACACACACACACACACACACAAAUACAUACACACACACAUUUAAGACUAAAUGCCCUUUAUGGGUUGGAGCCAUCUCAUGAGGUGACCCAACACAUUUGACUGUUCCAAAGUCAGAAACUCUGAAAAGCUAAUUCUGGAAAUUCAGACCACUGGAGCGGCCUGCCGCUGGUCUACAACCAUUACGUGUUGUCACAAUGAAAGAGUGUUUCAUAUCAUGUCAUGUUUACGUUUCAAGAUGGCUACAAAUGUAACAUUUGUGUUGUACCAUGUGUACCAUUCAGUUUGUUAUCAUGAUCUCAUCUUUGCCUGAUGAAACGUCGAUGAGUUGUUGUUUAAUUUGUUUGUGCCUUUGAUUUGUCUGCUCAGCUGCAGAGGAGACUUAGCUUUCCAAAAUAAUUCGAAUCACUUGACAGCAUUCAUUGAAAGAUUUUGUUAUUUGCAGUUAAGUGCAAUAUCUGUCAACAAAACAAAAACAAAACAACAAAAAUACUGUGUAUUCACCUAUACCAUUUUUAUUGUAAGAAAAUCUAGUAAUUACAGUGAUCGCCUCUUUAAAUUUAUAUUGUUUCAUAAAUGUUAAGUAUGAUUUGACUCAGCUUUUGUCCCCCAGUUCAUAGUCAGUAUCUGACACUCACUAUAUAAUGCAACAACCUUAAAAAACUACAAAUUGACAGAGUGACAUAAAAUUAGGAUACAAUCACUUCUAUACUAAAGAGAGAUUUUUAAGAAUGUGGCUGUUAAUUUCUUGAUUUAAGAAACAAACUGCCUUAAAGCAGGUUGAGGUUCUCUAUGUGAAGGCCUGUCUCUUGAAAACUCCACCAGUAUUCACCAGACAGCUCAAAUUAUUGAAACUGUUGAAUGAUAUCUUUAGUCAUGAUGUCUGAUCAGGAUGUGAAGGGUAACUGUCUAAUGAUUGAAAAGGAAGGUUUGUUUCUCCUGUUUCCUCCAUGAUCCUCAGCCACAAACCCAGAUUUCUUGUGAUCAACUCACCUGAAAUCAUAAUGAAGACGAAACGAUCUAUUCUGACAUUUCCAAGAUUACCGACUUUUAUAAUUGGCGCGUCUUAAACUUUUACACCUGAUGUCAGACUUAAUGCACAAGAUGGAAGCUGGAUUAGUUUCCUGAUGUUGUGCCUAAAGUUUGUGUGUGCCAAGUGGUGGUAUAUGCAAGGAGCUGCCCCCAUUUAACGAAAUACCUGAAUAAUUCCUCUAAAUAAAUGUCUCCCUCUCAAAUGCAGAGAUGUGUUUAAAAAAAAGGCAGUUUGUUUGUGUAAUUGUCUCCUUUUAAUGCGGCUUUUGGAUUGAAUAAGUGGCAAGAUUUUUAUGUUUUAUGGCUCUUCAGGGAGAAAGCUUAGAACUUGAAAAUGUCCUGUCUGACUUUAUAAUGUGUCGUCUUUUCUACUGUUGUGCCCUCUGAAUAUGGCAUCCACAGUUGUUAUAACCAGAACUGAGUUAUGGUAAAGUCAGGAGAUGGAGGAAUAAAUCACCCGUUUGAUGUCUGAUGGUAAAAGAAAUUACAAACCAGUUGGAUUUUAGGUUUCCAAAUGUCUGUAAGGAAUUUCUCUGUAGGCGUGUAAAAUUGAACGUAACAGCUUUGGAAACUGGGCUGAAAUCACUUUUAUCCAAAUUCAAAUGUGCCUCUUUCAAGUCUCCUCAAACCACCACUGUCAGUAGACUGUAAGAACAGACCAGUACUUAAAGAUAGAUGUGUUAUUUGGUACAUUAUUAUAACAGUAAAUCACAUCUGUACUAGUUUCUUCUCUGAGACAGCUGUGCUGUCUUAUCGUUUAUGUAAAGAAAUAAAUCAGUGAGUCGUGUGCAUACAUAAGUGUGUUGAAAGAGACAAUGAAUCACAAAUUUGAUUAGUUGUAAAUGCUGCAGAUGUUACAGCAUUUCCCACUGAGCAUUAUUCAUUUUAAAUAAUGUUAUUGUGUUGUGAAUGUAUUUAAUGCAAAAACUCUACUCAUGCCCUUCUAAAAGACAGGCAUGUUGAAAUGUAAUGAUUCACUAUAUAUAGACUCUUUCUGAGGUCACAUAGAUACCAUGCUGAUACUGUGUUAAGACAUAUUAAAGUAUGUGUAUUGUUAUAUAGAUUUAUAUUUAAUGUCAGUGGGUGGUGACUACUUUUAGAAAUAUAUUUCACUCUCAGAAAAGGUAACAAAUGAGCAGAAUUGUACUUAUUGAAGUACAAAUGUAUGGCAUACAAGUACAUUACAGUACCAUUCCUUGCUAGUCAGUUUUUGUACCCCUACCUUCGAAAGUACCCAAAGUGCCCAAUAUGCACCUAUAAACGAUGGUAUAAUCAUUGGGCAAAAUUGAGAAAAUCAGUGUGCUAUCCUUUUUAGCAUUUGUUUUGUUUUUCACAUAAUCCCUCACCAGCCUCCCACCCAUUAACACUGCCACCUGUGUUUAGUGGGGGCAAGUUGGAAGCACCGCUUACUGGGAUGGAUCCUGGGUUUGGUUGGUGAAUGUUUUUCCCCUAAUCAGCGUGCUACCUUAACUGUAGCAGUUGUACCUUAAGUUCACAUUGAAUUGGUAUAAAUUAAAGGAACAGUACGCUUAUUCGCUUUCUUUCCAAGUUAGAUGAGAAGAUCGACAGAUCACUCUUAUGUUUGUGUGCUAAAAAUGAAGCUAGAGCCAGCAGCCAAUUAGCUUAGCAUAAAGACUGGAAACAGGGGGAAACGGCUAGCCUGGAACUGAAGUGACAAAAUACACCUAACAGCACCUCGAAAGCACCUCUAAAAUGGUGGACAGUAAACAUAGUGCACUACCACGGAUGUAUAAUAAGACCUGGAUACGGUGCCACCGCUCCACCUUGCAGCCAUCUUUUUCCAGUGGCCACUCGCGCUAUUGCAACGAAAAAUCCCCCUGCGGCCCAAAAAGCAUUUUCCCUAUAGGCCACCAUUAUAAGAGACGUCUGUAAAACUGUUGACAGGACACCUCAAACUGCAAACAAGGUCAAUUAUGACUCUUUCUAUUAUGAAUUUUUGAUCCAUUGAGGUUUUAUACUUGUAAAACGUUCCUCGAGCCAAGAAAAGCGAUUUCAAAAUCUGUGACGUCACCACAAUGUAAAGUCUACGGGCCGAGCGGGAACUUGUGGGCGGGGCCAGCGGGAGAAACACUACUGCGCACAUUCAGUGGGCCGCAUCAUUUUUUGGCACAUGUGCCAGGCGAGCAAUUCUGAGGUUGCCAGGCAACCAGCACUAAAGCCGGAGACAAGCUGGGUGGAUGGAAAAACUGGUGUUCAUCAAGAAAUAGUUACAGGAUGUAACUCCCUCUAAAAACACAAAUUGUCGUUUUCACAUUUCCGUUUUUGUACAAAUUACACAAACAAGAUAUAAUGUGUUAAUUAGUGGAUUUACCUUUGGACUAUAGCUCGACUGAUACUGGAUUUUUGAGUCAGAUACUGAUAUUGAUAUUUAGGAGGUAAAAAAAUCUGAUAACAAUAUAUCAGCCAAUAGUUGUUGUUGACAAAAACACAUAACAAACAAAAAACCUUGAUACAGAUCCCUUGGAUUUUUUGUGUUGUUUUUUAAAGAAUUGUGACCAAGAUACGUACUAUGUGGGACGUUUUACGAUUGAAAAAUCAACUUCAGUCAGUGCUCUCUGGUGGACAAACUAUGUAAUGUUGACACUGUUUCUGUACUGCAAUUUCUUGUUACAUGUACACAAAUACGGUAUAUCUGCAAUAAGAUAAUAAUAUUGGCUGAUUUUUCAGUCUCGCUCUACUUUGGACAGAACAAGGAUAGCCUUUUCCCCCUGUUUCCAGUCUUUAUGUUAAGCUAAGCUAACUGUCCCCUGGUUCAAGCAUCAUAUUUACCGUACAGAAAUGAGAGAGAUAUCAAUCUUCUCAUCUAACCCUUGAAAGGAAGUAAAUAAGUGUAUUUCCCAAAAUGCUGAAGUAUUUAUUCAAACUAUCAUUUAUUUUUUAUCUACAUGGUGAAUCAAACAGUACGUAGCCCAUUAUAUGCCUGUUAUCAUACAUCUGUAAAGAAAUGUACUUUUUGGUACAGAAACUUCUCCUUUACCUCUGUUUUGUAAGUGUUGAGCAGCUACAUAUGCAGCUCAAAUGUUCCUCUCCUAUUCGAUGAAAUUGAUGAUUCGAAUGUCCAGACAAAUUAGUUUGUCUAAAUCUUACAGCUUUGAAAGACUAGCUUUGUCCAGCCAAGAAAACCCCUCCCUGUAGCCUCCCCCCAUCAUUAUGCCUUCACUAACUGCUGUCCAGCUGGAAAAAAACAAAAUACUUGAUAAAUAAAUUGUGCCUCUUGAGGGCAUUUGAAUUUAUAAGUACAUUUAGAUGUAUGUAUUGAUGCACAAGAGCGUGUUAUUAGGGGAUUUGCAGUGUGGUGCAAGAAAAAUUUGUUUUUACCUCUUUCCCUCUUUCUCUUGUACUUGAUUUCCUUUAGGCCUCAUUGUAUUUUCCCAUACAUCAUUACUCUGGAAUAUGCAAAAUGCUCUGAUCAUUGUGUCCAGUGACCAGAUCCUUUAGCAUGUGGACAGUUAAUUCGGUCCUGAGCAUACUUCUGUUGCCCGGGGCACAAACAAAGGGCCUUAUUUCUCGAUCACUGUAUAAAGAUGUGAUAGCUGUGUAUGAAAGUGACAUGUAUUAAUGGUAAGUUAAGCUUUUUUUUAAAUCUGACGUAAAAAAAAACAGCAUGGAAAUAAAAAACUCAUUUAUACAUAGUUAAUAGUUUGUGUAGACCAACAAGAAAAAAGAUAUAAUAUGAAAAUCAUUUGUAUACAAUGAUGGAGUCAUUGUUAAUGGUAACAGUUGCCGUUGCUGUGGCAACAAAAUGACAACAUGGCUACCUUUCUAUUAUCCUAAUUGUGAAUUUUUUCACAUUCAUUGAAAUAACAUACAACACUAACUUAUUCAAAAAGGGAAUGUCUAAUUAGUUUGUCUUGUUAUUGCGACGUGAUUAAAUAUUUUGUAUGGAAAACUUAAAUUCUUGUAAUAUCCAAAGGUCCUUAGGGGAGAUCAGGUGUUUAUUUUGUUUUGUUUAUUUGACCUUAGUUAUUUGGGGAGGGUUUUUGUUCUUGUACAUGGUGUUUUUGAGAAAUAAGAAUGGAAUUUGGCUUUUAAAGCUAACACCUAUAUGUCAGGGAGGUAAAGAGGCUUUUGGACUAAUUGAAAGAUCUUCAUCUUUUUCUGUAAAAUCAAACUCCUCGCUGUUCACCUCCUGCAGACUGGACGGCCUUCGCUCAGUUUUCGCUGUGUGGAGACGUGAGUUUUCAUUAGUGAGCUCUGUUUUUCAGUUUUGGCCGAGAAGGUGGUCCAGAAGCCUCUUCCUGCCCAGCUGUGCUGGGUGAUGUCGAUCCUUGCUGAGGUGUAUACGAAUGUGUGACGUUCACCUUGUUUGCACUUAUGUACAUAACUAUGUCAAAAUACUCAAAAUUUAUUUUGAAUAAAUAUAGAUAAAAGAGUUGAUUAAAAAAAUCAAAUCAAUGUAUUGUUAAUGAUAUGAUAUGAGUCUAUCAUUUUAUUACAGUAUAAAAAGAUUGCUUUGAGGGAUCUGUCCUUUUGUUUGUUUGCUAGAGCCCUGUUCUUUGCCAAGCAUGACAUUGCUUAGCUGUAAACCAUGAAUGGUUUGCUUUAAAAAAAAAAAAAAAAAGCUUUUUCUGUUCUUUACUGGGGUAUUUUUGGUUCAGUAAUGUCUCAAACAAGAGAGGUGGAUUAGAAGAAAUAGUCAGUCUGGAAUAUAUAAAACCAGUACUAACCUUGUCCUUAAAUGCUCAUCAUGAAUACACAAAUGCAGGUGCAUUCCUCUCUCCAGUAAUGCACCAAAAUAAAGCACAGAAUAGCUCCACCUGCAGGCUGAAAAGCAGCCAGGAAACAAAGGAGGAGCAGGGAGAGACAUGGAUGUGAGAUGUGUUCACAGGGUUUUAAAUUCACUUUAAUUUUGUCAUUUUAUGAAAUGGGUUAUUCUUUGCUCCCUUGUUGCCAUUAUCCAAAACAACAAUAAAUCUGAAUUCUCCUCAGGAUUUUAGUCAAAAUUGCAAGCAACCUGGUUUUCCAAUGGUAUUCUUGCAGCAGCAGCAACAUCCUUACGCAACUCUGUUCUUUCAGAUUUGGACAUGUGAUGCUCUUAAAUUGCUAUUAAAGCCAACGAUUUUGUUGCCAUGGCACUUGUCCUAGUGGUGGAUUGACUGAGUCAUCCUGGUGAAAAGGUUCACAGCCCUCUUACUCCACAAGUGGGGAAAAGUACAUGUGGAGGGGAUUUAACACACUGUGGGUUUCCAGUCACCAACAAGUGAAUAAGAUUGUGAUUUUGUUUUGAAAUUGAUUUAUUGUCACCAUUAUUUUAAAACGAUUCAGUUGUAAUUGUGCCUUUAUCAUGCAAGGUUUAGUUUUCCUUUUACGUUCUACAUUUAAAUUGACUUAAAACAGCACAUGUAUUGAAACUUAUCCCUUUAUUUAAAAUCCUUUGUUGGUGAGUCAUUAUUAAAUUGGGUACAACCACAGACUGAAUGGCAACCUGUGGAAGAUGAUGAGGGCCAAAGACUGUUCAGGACUAAGCCAUAUGAAAAACUCUCUCUGACACUCUAGGACAGACUUGAAAGUGACUGCUGUUUCUUAGUCAUCUAUCGUUUCACUCUGUUUUCUGCUUGUGGUGCUUGUAUGUGCUGCUGUGCUACAUGCCAAUUUAUUUUGCCGUGUAUAGCUAUUAAGAGUAAGUUACUGUGCCUAUGAUGAAUUCUGCGAUUUCUGUUUGACCUUUAAUAAAAUACAUAAUUGUGAUCCUC